UCAAAGCUUUUAACACAAGUUGAUCUUCAAAGGAAAAUCUGUUAGUAAAAUUGAGAUUAAAUCAUAAUGAUUAACCUAAUCAUUACCUUACUACUUAGGCUUGACAAUUAGAUUAGUAGUGAGUAAGGUUACUAAUGAUUUACCACAAUUGUGAUAAUUAUGUAUUUGCUACGUUCAUUUACAGUUAAUCAAUUACUUUAUAUUGACCGCGCUCUUAAUUCUUGGGGUGAUCGAUGUUGGGAAUUCGCUAUUGGAUUGUAUCUGAUUAAGCUUAAUCCUGAUUCACUAUUUUCUGCUGCGAUUCAAGGGAUUUUGGCGUCUUGUCUAUCGAUUGUUAUACUUCCUUAUCUUGGCGUAUGGAUAUCGAAGGCCAAUCGAUUGAAAGAAAUUGCAGUUUUUGUGUUUCUCCAAAAUUUUUGUGUUGCAGUGGCUUCGUUUUUCGUUGCUCUCUUUUUCCUUGGUGAUCAUAUUCUGGGAAAAUCACUUCAUGGGGUUAUUGUCCAACUCGCUCCAUACAUUUUGGUGAUAUUUUCAUCAUUUGCUCAAAUCGCUUCAUCUGGAUACAAUUUAUCGCUUGAAAAGGAUUGGAUACUUGUGAUUGCCAAAGAUGAUCAACAAUUAACAACUUUAAAUGCAUCUCUGCGACGUAUCGAUUUGAUAAUUAAGACAAUUGCUCCUCUAAUUGUUGGUCUGCUUAUUCAAUAUUCAUACUUGGCUUCAGCUCUUUUCCUUACAUUUUUUAAUUUGUUUUCUGGAUUAAUUGAGUAUCUGGUCAUGCGGAUAGUUUAUGAUAAAGUACCUGGAUUAUCAAGAGAAAAGUCUUUACCCAUGAUAUUAAAUAAAUCAACGGAUACUUAUAAUGCUGAUGUGGCUGAAUACAAGCAAUCAAUUCAUUUGUAUCUCAAGUAUUAUGGUUUACCAGGGAUCGCAUUCAGUUUAUUGUACCUCUCAAUCUUUGGUCUUGAUUCAAUAGCUGUUGGUUUCAUCAAAUCAAAAGGAGUGAGUGAAACUAUCAUUGGACUGGUCAGUGUUUUGUGCGCUGUCACUGGAAUAAUUGGUACAAUGGUCUUUCAAGUGAUCAGUAACCAUAUGAGCCUUAAUAAAAUAAUGACCAUUGGCUAUCUCAGUGAUUUGAUUCCUUUAUCGUUAUGCCUAAUUAUUGUUUUUACACCAUUUCACCGACUUGGAAUCAUGCUAUUCAAUUAUGACCUUUCAAUUGUCUUAUUUCUCGCUGGUAUAACCCUUUCUAGAACAGGCUUAUGGAUUACUGAUUUAGCUAAUAAUCAGUUGAUCCAAACAACUACACCUAAUCCUGCACUAGUUGGUGGUAUGCAGAAUAGUUUGAAUACAGCGGCAGAAUUAACUAAAUUCAUCAUAACUGCAACCCUAUCAAACUUAUCACAAUUUUAUAUCUUGGUUUUUGUAUCAUUUUGUUCAAUUGCAAUGGCGACAAUAAUUUCAAUCACUUUAACAAUUCACAAACAUUACAACUCAUCAAACCAAAUCGGUGAUGAGAUUCAAUAUGAACCUUUAUGUAAAGUCAACAUGUAAUUUUUUUAAUUAGAUUAACAUAAUUAAUAUCAAAUGAAAGGUAACGAUACAUUUAAUUGUAUUUAUUAAUUAUUGUUAGAGUAAAAUUUCAUCAGUAGAAUCGAUUAAUUCAAUUCCAAUGAUAAGCAAAUCCUAAUUUUAACCAUGAAGAGUUCAACUAUCUAUAAGUUAAUAAACUUUAAAUUGAAUCAAUUUUUUUUCAGUUGACAGAUAA